AUGUCGCCGCCUCCCUCGCCGAACGCGAAGCUCGAUCGGUCGUACACUUUACACAAGGACCGGGAAAAACUCGAACAAGUCAAGUCUGGUCUCCAAUCCGAAGCCGCGCAAGGGAACAUCGACGUCGUCUUGGAACGACUCUUAAAGCUCGACGCGAAAGUACACCCGAGAGAUGUGCCCGCGGUAUAUAAGAGAGCGUUGUUGAGGUUUCACCCGGACAGACACGUCGGGAAACCGAUCGCGAAACGUGCGAGUUACGAGGAGAGGUUCAAACUCGUCCGUUUGGCGUGGGACAAUCACGUCGCCAGACGAGUUGGGAACGUGGUCAAAACCUCCGAGGAUGGGGAGAUUUUAGAGAAAGCGGAGAUAUUUGAUUACGCGCAAGUGCAGAGAAUGAUUGCGAUGCGCAAAGCGCGAGAGGCGGCGAAACAGAGGUACGAGAAAGAGUUGCGAAAGAAACGCGGCGUAGUAUUGGAGGAGAGCGAAGACAAAGACGAAGACGCGAGGAAGAAGAAGAAGAAAAAGAAGAAGAAGAAGACGCAAAAAGCCAAAACGGGCGAGCCGGAAAGUUUAGAAGCCAUAGCGAAAAGACUCGCGAAGCAAGAGUUCCGGGACGACGACGACGCGUUCUUCGGCGAGAGCACCACUUCCAGCGACGACGAAAACGAAGGUAGCGACACCGAAUCCGACGUCGACGAAAAAGAGUUGAAGCGAGAGAAAGAGAGGCACGAUAAGUUGUUAAGAUUGCACGUGAAAAACUUGCACAAAGCCGAGAAGAAGACGGUGAAAGAGAGCGUGAAGACGAAGGUGUUGCGAUUGUUCCGUCGGGGUCCUCCUCGUCAGUAG